AUGACCGCUAUUGAUAAAGCGGUUAAAUAUUUGGAGUCGCUAAAGCCAGGAGAACACUUUGUAUACCAGAAAGUUGCCGACCAGUUUGGUUGUAGUCGCAGUGCGCUGUCCCGAAGAUGGCGCGGCGUCUCACGCGACAAAACCACCAGUGAUGGGAUGAAGCAAGCUCUGCUACCACAACAAGAGCUAGAGCUUCUACAGUAUAUAGAGGAGCUCCAUAUACGAGGACUACCUCCUACGAGAGAGAUGAUCCAGAACUUUGGCUCAGAAAUCUGUGGUAACCCAGUCUCAAUGAGCUGGGUUGAGCGCUUCCUCCAUCGAAACCAGGACCGUCUCAUCUCUCGCUAG